AAUACUGGACUGAAACAUGGCUGCUGAACUUGUGAUCGGGUCUUUUCUCUCUGCUUCUUUUGAUUUUUUUGCUGGACAAGAUUACUUCUCCUUAUGUUGAGGAGUUCUUCUUCAAGGGAAAUCAAAGUAGUGUUUCUGAGAGGCUUUUCAAGUUGAAGUCAACGUUCAACUGUCUCGCCGCUGUUUGUUUCGAGGUGGAGAACAAGAGAAUCAAAAACCCUGCUGUGGAGAAGUGGCUGGACGAUCUUCUCGACGCUGUGGAUGAUGCUGAGGACUUCUUUGGCGAUGUUGAAUAUGAUGCUAUGAGACCUAAGAAAGUUGAGUCAAGCAGCAAAGUGAGAAGAAAGACAAGUAAGUUACUUUCUCGUUUCUCCAAACCCUUUAACUCAGCUGAUAGUAAAAGGAACACCAGUAUGGAAAAGAUUCUAGGGAGAUUGGAGUACUUAGCAAAUCAAAUUGCAAACAUGAACAUAGAAAAGAAUGUUGUUGAGGUGAAACCAUCAGAAAUGUUGUUUGUUAAGACUUCACUGCCGGAUGAACCUGAAGUUUAUGGUAGAAAGAAUGACAAGGUUGCUUUAAUGAAGUCUUUGAUAUCAGAUGAUGUAGGCAGUGAUCAAAAGAUAUAUGAUGUCAUGCCCAUAGUGGGAAUGGGUGGGAUUGGAAAAACUACCCUUGCUCAAACCCUUUUCAAUGAUGAAGAAGUGACGAAGAUGUUUGAACCUAAGGUCUGGGUGUACGUUUCUGAUAAAUUUGACGCCAUGGCUGUGACAGAAACCAUUCUUCAACAAGUGGCUUCGGGUGAUGAUGUUCGCAAUGGCAUGGAUUUGAAUUCGCUUCAAGUUAACUUGGCGAAGAAGUUAAUGGGAAAAAAGUUUUUGAUUGUUCUAGACGAUGCUUGGGAGGAUGAUUAUGUUCAGUGGAAGGAAGUGAUGAAGCCUUUCAAGGAUGGAGCCAAAGGCAGCAAAAUAGUAGUAACCACAAGAAACAAAACAGUUGCAGAUAGCAUUGGAACUGUUGAUCCACACUACCUUAAAGAAUUAUCAAAAGAUGAGUGUUGGGAACUGUUUGCGAAACACGCCUCUCGUGGAAAUCUUGAUAUGUUUAUUGAGAAUCCAAAACUAGAAAGUAUCGGCAGAGAAGUUGUUAAGAAAUGUAAUGGCUUGCCUUUAGCUGCUAAAGUUCUAGGAGGGCUCUUGAGAUCGAUGUUGGAUGCUGAGAGAUGGGAACAAAUAGCAAAGAGUAAUAUUUGGGAGCUGACAGAUAAAAGGAGCAAGGUUCUUCCUGCAGCUUUAGAAGUGAGCUACCACUAUCUUCCUGCACACUUGAAAAAGUGUUUUGCUUAUUGUUCAAUAUUCCCAAAAGGCUAUGAAUUUCAAAGACAGGAACUAGUCUUAAUAUGGAUGGCAGAAAAUCUUGCGAUGCAUUCGGAGGGGAGUAAGAGAAUGGAAGAAGUUGGUGAUGAGUAUUUUGAUGAAUUAAUAUCUAUGUCGUUUUUUCAACCGAGGACCGAUUACUAUAAUAAGCCGUAUUUUGUUAUGCAUGACCUUAUAGUUGAUUUGGCUAGAGUUGUUUCUGGAAAAUAUUGUUAUUUGUUGGAGCAUAUUGAAGAUAUUGAUAAGUUUGAGAAGAAGACUCGUCGCCUUGGAUGUGCCACGGAAGUCCUUUGUUAUGGUGAUAAGAUAUAUACUUAUGAUUUUAAAGCUACUCGUUUGCGAACCCUUUUGUCAGUAAGAUCUGGUUUUGGUUUUGGUUUUGGUGAUUCGUUGGUUCCUAAGGAAGUAGUGCACGAUUUGCUGCCGAAGUUGAAGUGUUUGAAAGUUUUAUCUUUUCGUGGUUGUGGUAUCACUGAUUUGGCUGAUUCAAUCGGUGAUCUAAAAUAUCUUCGCUAUUUAGACCUUUCUGGCACCGACAUUGUGAUGUUGCCCGAAUCUGUAACUGUAUUGUACAAUUUACAGACAUUGAAAUUAGAAAAUUGUUAUCGACUUCAAACUCUGCCUAAAGAUAUGUAUCAUCUCAUUAAUUUGAGACAUCUUAUUUUCAGCAACGCUCGGCUAGUAGAGAUGCCAAGUCAAAUAAGUAAAUUGACGAAACUCCAAAUGUUGACAACAUUCCUUGUGGGAAAGGAUAGUGGUGCUAAAAUAGAAGAGUUGGCAAAACUUUCAAGUCUACGCGGAGAACUUUCCAUUCAGAAGUUAGAAAAUGUGGCCAAUAUUACCAAAGCAUCGGAUCAAGUCAAUGUACUAGAUAAGAAGCUACUUGAGAUAUUGAGUUUGGAAUGGACUGCUGGUGAUGAUGAUGUUGAUGAUGAUGAUGUUGUUGUUGAUCCAAGGCAUGGAGAGAGUGUGCUUGAAAUGCUUUCAUCUAACACAACGUUGAAGCAGAUCAAGAUUCUUAGUUACCCUGGCACAAAAUUUCCAAAUUGGAUUGGUGGUGAUUCGUUCGACAACAUUGUUGACAUAAAGCUUAAAAGGUGUCGGCAUUGCUCCAGUUUACCACCACUGGGGCAACUGCCUUCACUAAAAAUUCUUCACAUUUCAAGUUUUCAUUCAGUAACGACUGUGGGUGCUGAUUUUUACGGGAACAGUUCUGCGAAGAAGCCAUUUUCAUCAUUGGAA